AUGGCAAGCCAUAGCCGGACGAGGCGGAGGCAGCCCUCACGGUUGUGGGCCUUGGCAGCUCUGCUCUCAACAGCAUCGGCAGUCUCCCUGAACGACCUCCAACCUAUCGCAAAUGGAGUUCUACCGACAAUGUGCAAUAUGGCGUACAACACACCAUUCGCGGGGUGUACUACAGCGGACUUCGCAUCAGGAACACGAUGCUCGCAGACAUGCAGGGAUGGCAUCAAGACGGUCGAACAAGUGGUCGACAUGGUGUGCGACGACGUUACUGCAACUAGAGACACAGUGCUUGACUUCGCACAACGUGGAGUUCUGCUGCUGCACACGUGCGACGGGAAUGGGAACGACAUCACGCUGGCUUUGACGACCAGCACGCCUCCGACGACCAGCAUACAGGUUCCGCCGACAAGCACACUGGCUCCGCCGACCAGCAUAUCUGUGGCACCGACAAUCUCAACAAUUCCUAUAGUUUUCACACCGCCGGCUCUGAGUUCAACUUCAAGGAGCAUAGGCUCAUUCACGAUAAUACCGACACCUGAGCCGCCACCGGUCUCCAGCACUCUGGUCGUUCCGCCGAUCCAAUCAACCACAACGGCUGCGGCCAGUUUGACCAUAAUCCCGCCGUUACCGACACUGAGUUCGACGACUCAACUAUUGACGUCGACAAGUGAGGCUCGGACGAGUUCACAAGUAGUGACAUCGUCAUUCAGCACGUUCACACAAACCACCACGACUGCGUCUGCGGCGCCGUCAUCCCAGGGCGAUGGACAGGGUCGGGGAGGUGGCAGUCCGUUUGACUCCCAGGUCUCGCUUUCGUCCAAGCUUUGUACGAAUUGGCCGCUUUGCCUCACCGUUGGUGCCAUGGUUCUCGGCGUAAUGUUCCGGUAG